AUGACGGUGUCAAGGUUACCACCGGCCGCGCUGUCCUUUAAACAGUUCCUACAGAGGCAGAGGGUGCUGGGCAUCUACCGAAACCUGCUAAGAACCAUCCGACAGGUGCCGGACGAGUCCGACCGGAAGUACCUGCGAGACUGGGCCAGAGACGAGUUCCAGAGGAACAAGAGCGCAACUAACCCGGACGCCGUCCGCAUGAUGAUCACUCAGGCCAAUAACCACCUGGAGACCCUGCAGAAGUCCCUGGCUUUGGCCAGAAGCUGAGCUGCUGACGCCGGACACUGCUCUGGACUCUGUGGGAGCACCUUUGGAGGCAGAGGGGUUUGGGGUAAUGUGACUGAGUGUGCUGUUUGCCUCUGGACACAGUACAAAGAGGAACCAAUAAAAUGACACACACCAUGACAGUUGUCUUUUUAAUACAAAAUAUGCUUCUUCUCAUGGUUAGACUGCAUUAGUCAUGUCAACAAAAAUGAUGAUGUACAGCUCAGCUUUCUUCUCGCAAAAUAUUCAAGUUUAAAUGUCCUUUUAAGUUCCACACGACUUUUAAAAAAACGCAACGUCAAGACAACACAUGUACAUGACACUAGAGGACACUAAAUAUGGUUAGUCCAUCCAAACCUAUAAACACCUUUGUCCAGAUGAGCGUUUCCAGGCUGGGCCGUGGCCCUGACGACCCGCGUUUGCUUCACUAACGUGGAAGGGGCCUCAGGACUCCAUCUACCUUUAAUUAGACAUGCUUUAGUCCAGCCAGUGAAGUGUGAAUGCAUGUUAAU